AUGGGGAAACUGCAGAGUAAAAUCAGCUUCCACACCACCAAAUACAGGGCCGACGGCUCCGUGGGACAGACGGGACCCGCUGGUGCCUCCCGGCAGCACAGCCCCGCUCACACUGACGCUGUCACCUCUGUGGCUGCCCUCAAACCAGACCUGUGUGUGUCAGGAGGAAGGGAUAAGAGUGUGGCUGUGUCCAGCUGGAGGUCUGGGGCUGUCCUGCACCGCUUCACCGGCCAUGAACGUGAGGUCACCAAGGUCACCUCAGCCCUUGACUCCAGCAGAGUCUUCAGUGCAUCCCGGGACAAGACAGUGAUGAUGUGGGAGCUUCACGGGACUUCAGGGCCAAGCCAGCACUUCCCAGGACAUGACCUGGUUGUUACUGGACUGGCUGUGAGCCCAGACGCCUCCCAGCUGUGCACGGGCUCGCGGGACAACACCGUGUGCAAGUGGGACACUGAGACUGGGGAAUGUCUGGGCAGAGCUGCAAUCUCCAGGAAUCUGGUCACACACCUGUGCUGGGUUCCUGGGGAGCCUUAUGUCAUCCAGACCUCAGAGGAUAAAACCACCAGGGUGUGGGACAGCCGGGAGCUGCAGGUGGCCCACACAUUCCCAGCCAAGCAGCACAUCCAGACGUGCUGUGACGUGAGCCAGGACGGGCGGUACUGCCUCAGCAGCAGCAGCGGCUCCGCCGGCCACGGCGCCGAGGCCACCCUCUGGGACCUGAGGCAGACCAGGGGCCGAGUGUGUGAGUACAAAGGACAUUUCCAGACCACCACCUCGUGUGUCUUCCUGCCCCGGGGCCCCACGCUCGCCCCCAGCAUUGCCACAUCGUCCAGCGACAGCACAGUGAAGGUCUGGGACCAAGGCACUGCAGCCUGCCUGGCCACGCUGUGCCUCGAGGGCUCGGGCCCGCUGGCCUCGCUGGCCGCCUGCGACAGCUCCACCCUGCUCUGCGCCAGCUCCAACUCCGGCAUCCACGUGCUCCGCGUGAGGGGCGGCGCAGAGCCGGCCCUGGAGGAGGUGGCAGCGUUCUGA